AUGGUCCACUAUCCAAAAUCCCUGGGCCUGCUGUUGGACGGUGGACGAACCUCGUCGUCAAAUAUCACACCCUGUCUGGUCGGCGCAUGCAGCUCUGUUGUCCGGAUCAGCCCAACAGACAUUGGGAUCAACGAUCCGGAUGCUGUCAAAGUCAUACAAAAGCUAUCCGGCGGCUUUAAAAAGUCUGCUUGGUAUGACAAGACCGGCCCCGGUAUGCUUGGAAUGAGGGAUCGCGAAAAGCACGCUCGCCGUCGCCGGUUCCUUGCGCACCCCUUGAGCAACUCCUCUCUGCCUGCUUUUGAGUCCUUGAUCCGUGCCAAAGUAGACUUAGCGAUGAGUCAGAUGGAGAAGGAGUAUCGAAGCUUGGGAUACACUGACUGCCAUAAGUGGUUCAGCUUCAUGGCGACGGAUAUCAUAGGUGAUUUGACAUUCGGUAGUUCAUUCCGAAUGCUUGAGCAAGGCAGACGCAGCCAAUAUGUCGAGGACCUUCAGGCCGUGAUGCCAACAGUCAACAAAAGGAUUGAGCUCUCUCCAUUCUUCGACCUUAUGUUCCUGCUUCCACUGCCCCAAAUCAAGAAAUUCUCAGAGAGGUUUCAACGCAUUCUCAAAUAUGGGGAAGAAUCGAUCCGUCGUCUACAACUAGCUCAGAUAACAGGCUCGCUUGAUACCCCGGUAUUCUUCGACAAGAUCAUGAAUCCCAAGAACAAAAAGAAUGCCUUGACAGAACUUGAAAUGCAACAAGAGGCAGCGGAACUCAUGAUCACUGGAACAGAUACUACUUCGAACACACUGACGUAUCUCGUCUGGUCGGUUCUUCAGAGUCCCGGAAUACGGGCACGACUGGAGGAGGAAGUAUCAGUGCUCUCUGCAGACUUUAAAGAUGCUGACCUGGUGAAACUCCCAUACCUGAACGCAGUGGUAAAGGAAUCUUUGAGAUUGUACGGAGCGGCAUCUGGGGCGCACCAGAGGGACGUUCCAGAGGGCGGCUGGGAAGCUUGUGGCUACAUGAUCCCUGACACCGCGACCGUUUUCACUCAAGCAUUCUCUUUACACCGACUACCCGAAGUGUUUCCAGACCCGCACAGGUAA